AUGGGUUCUGUCAAAGUUCCUUCUGUUUCUCUUUUGUAUGUUUUCUUCCUUGUUUGUGUAGGUUUUGAAGGCAUCAACAGUACUGAAGGUAGCGGUUGGCUUAAUGGCCAUGCAACUUUCUAUGGAUCCAAUCAAAACCCAACUACUCUUGGUGGAGCUUGUGGCUAUGAUAACACAGUCCACGCUGGGUUUGGAGUGAACACGGCUGCCGUUAGCACUACGCUUUUCAGAGGUGGUGAAGCAUGCGGUGCUUGCUACCAACUGAGCUGCAACCACAGGCUCGACCCAAAGUGGUGCCUUCCCCACGGCGUCAUGACCAUUACCGCCACCAAUCUCUGCCCUCCCAACAAUAAUGGAGGGUGGUGUGAUCCCCCUUACCAACACUUUGACAUGUCUAUGCCUGCUUUCUUGCGCAUUGCACGACAAGGCAAUGAAGGCAUUGUCCCUAUCCUAUAUAGAAGGGUGUCGUGCAAACGGAGAGGAGGAGUUCGUUUCACCUUGAAGGGACAAUCAAAUUUCAAUAUGGUGAUGAUAUCUAACGUUGGUGGUAGUGGUGAUGCGAAGGCUGCAUGGAUAAGGGGCUCCAGGACAAGAACAUGGAUUCCCAUGCAUAGGAAUUGGGGUGCAAACUGGCAAAGUGGUUUUGACGUUCGAGGCCAAAGACUGUCUUUUAAGCUCACUUUGGUUGAUGGGAAAACAUUAGAAUUCUUAAAUGUCGUUCCUUCGAGUUGGAGGUUUGGGCAGACAUUUUCUUCCCCAAAUCAGUUCUCUUAA